GGGCACCCCAUGAAGCCGCAUCGCCUGGCGCUCACGCACAGCCUCGUGCUGCACUACGGCCUCUACAAGAAGAUGAUCGUUUUCAAACCGUAUCAGGCAUCCCAGCACGACAUGUGCCGAUUCCAUUCCGAGGACUACAUCGACUUCCUGCAGCGAGUGAGUCCCAACAACAUGCAGGGAUUCACCAAAAGCCUCAAUGCCUUCAAUGUGGGCGAUGACUGCCCAGUGUUUCCAGGCCUCUUUGAAUUUUGCUCUCGCUACACUGGGGCCUCCCUGCAGGGAGCAACACAGCUGAAUAACAAGAUCUGUGAUAUUGCCAUAAACUGGGCUGGGGGUCUGCACCACGCCAAAAAGUUUGAGGCUUCUGGCUUUUGCUAUGUUAAUGACAUAGUUAUCGGCAUCCUGGAGCUGCUUAAAUACCACCCACGUGUUCUGUAUAUUGAUAUCGAUAUUCACCACGGAGACGGUGUCCAGGAGGCCUUCUACUUGACAGACCGUGUCAUGACAGUGUCAUUUCACAAAUACGGGAACUAUUUCUUUCCUGGAACGGGUGACAUGUAUGAAGUUGGUGCAGAGAGUGGCCGUUACUACUGUCUGAACGUGCCUCUACGAGAUGGCAUUGACGACCAAAGUUACAAACAUCUCUUCCAGCCAGUCAUCAACCAGGUGGUUGACUACUACCAGCCCACCUGCAUAGUACUGCAGUGUGGUGCUGAUUCUCUGGGCUGCGACCGUUUGGGCUGCUUUAACCUCAGCAUACGAGGGCACGGGGAAUGCGUGGAGUAUGUAAAGAGCUUCAACAUCCCCUUGCUGGUCCUGGGAGGAGGUGGCUACACGGUCCGCAACGUGGCCCGAUGCUGGACUUAUGAAACAUCCCUGCUUGUAGAGGAAGCAAUUAGUGAGGAGCUCCCAUACAGUGAGUACUUUGAGUACUUUGCUCCCGACUUCACCCUUCAUCCCGAUGUCAGCACGAGGAUUGAGAACCAGAACUCCAGGCAGUACUUGGAUCAGAUCAGGCAGACGAUAUUUGAGAAUCUGAAGAUGCUGAACCACGCUCCCAGCGUGCAGAUCCACGAUGUCCCCUCCGACCUGCUCAGCUACGACCGCACGGAUGAGCCUGAUCCAGAGGAAAGAGGCUCUGAGGAAAACUACAGCAGGCCUGAAGCUCCCAACGAGUUCUAUGACGGUGACCACGAUAACGACAAGGAAAGUGACGUUGAGAUCUGAGGGGCUCUGAUGUGGCACUCUGGACUAUGGGGGGGCCCCGUGCUAGACACUGGUGCUUGGCGCAGGGAGCUG